AUGCUCACCCGCACGCUCCGCCUACCCAUUCCGCGCGCGCCGCUACCACCGCCUCUCGGGGCUGACCGCUUUGCGCCUGCGCGAGUCGAGGCACGAAGCGCGGAGGGAUCGGACGGUGGGAGAAAGAAAGGCGGCCGAGAUGGUGGGAGUGGAGAAAUUGCGGCGCCGUCUCUGUCCAAUCAGCGGACAACACGUGCGAAUGGGGGAGAGAACGGCGGAGGGCGGAAGAGCCGGAGUGGCAGAAGGGAGAGCGGAAAGUCGGCGGCGGAGGAAGCGGAGAGCGCUGCUGGCAGCAGCGGGGCCGUGACGGACUCAAUGCGGCGCAACGCGCUGGCGACGGCGGACGCGCUGCGCAGCAAGAGCCGGCGCGCCAAGAGAUGGCUCGGACAGGUGCGGCGGGGGGAGCAGGGGAGGCGUGGGGGGGAGCAGGCGAGUGUGGUGGGGCCUGGCGGAGGCAGUGUGGUGGGGCCUGGCGGAGGCAGUGUGGUGGGGCCUGGCGGAGGCAGUGUGGUGGGGCCUGGCGGAGGCAGUGUGGUGGGGCCUGGCGGAGGCAGUGUGAAAUAUCUGCACUAUCUGCUGCGGGACGACAUCAGCGCGGCCACGGUGGCGGCAGCGGGAGUGGUGGCGGGCGACGUGGUGGUGGAGGUGGGGCCGGGCACGGGCGCUCUCACCGCCGCACUCGUGGCUGCCGGGGCGCAUGUGAUUGCUGUGGAGAAGGACCCUGACAUGGUGCAGCUGGUGCGGGAGCGCUUCGCCCAGUGCCCACAAGUCGAGGUGGUGCAGGCGGACAUCCUCAAGUGGCCCGUGCACGCCCUCCUGCCGGCUCGCCUGCACCGCCUCACAGGCACGGCAGGGGGUGACGCACAGACGCUGGGAGGGGCGGAGGGAAGGGCAGCACAAGGCCAAGGGGCGUUGGCGAGUGGCGGGGCAGAAGCACGCACGAGUGGGAUGGAGGGUGUGGUGGGCGAACCGCCGGUGCCUCUUGCUGCUGCACGCCCUGCUGCGGCUCCCACAGCUGACGCUGCGGCGAGCAGAGGCAGCGAGGGGAGUGGAGGCAGCGAGGGGAGUGGAGGCAGCAGUGCCGUGCGCGCCAAGGUGGUGACGAACCUGCCCUUCAACAUCACCACGGACUUCCUGCGCCUCUUCCUGCCCCUCGGCCACCUCGUCUCCACCGUCGUCUGCAUGCUGCAGGAUGACGCGGCACAGCGGCUGGUGGAUGCCACACCGGCAGCGUCGCAGUACCGACCGAUGAGCGUGUUCGUGCAGUACUAUGCGGAUCCCACCUAUCAGUUCUUCGUCAGCCGUCGCAGCUUCCUACCCCCACCCAAUGUUGAUGCAGCAGUCGUGUCAUUCGCCCUCAAGCCACCAAUGGAACGAGUCCACGUGGCAUCGCCCACCCAGUUCUUCCACAUGUCCUGCCCUGACACUCCUGCUGCCCCCCACACCCCACCGGCACGAGGGCAGGUGAACAGGGCGUUCCAGGCGAAGCGCAAGAUGCUGCGGGCGUCGCUGCAGCCGUCCUACUCGUCACAGCAGGUGUCCGCUGCUCUGGAGGCGCUCUCGCUGCCCGCCACUGUGAGCCACGUGGUGCCGUUAGAGGGGCUCAGGGGGGAGGUGCAGUGCACAUGUGCACACGGUGAGGUGCAGUGCACACGGGGAGGUGCAGUGCACACGGUGAGGUGCAGUGCACACGGUGAGGUGCAGUGCACACGGGGAGGUGCAGUGCACACGGUGAGGUGCAGUGCACACGGGGAGGUGCAGUGCACACGUGCACACGGUGAGGUGCAGUGCACACGGGGAGGUGCAGUGCACACGGUGAGGUGCAGUGCACACGGGGAGGUGCAGUGCACACGGGGAGGUGCAGUGCACACGGUGAGGUGCAGUGCACACGGUGAGGUGCAGUGCACACGGUGA